AUGAUGAUGUCCCCGCCGAGCCCCGGGCGCCUGCCCCAGAGCCCCAGGUUGGGCCACCCGCCGCCGCUCGCGACGCCCGGGUUCUUCGACGACCCCGACGACGACGCGCUCAUCUGGACGGCGACCUCCAGUCAUCAAUUGGACCAGGACAAGGGCUGGGAGGAGCCGCCCGUGUCGCCCGUCCUGCGCCCGUUGCAGACGCCGUCCCAGAACGAGGUCAUGGAGAUGGCGCAGCGAGCGUGGAGUCCGACCAAAGCUCCUCAGCGUUCACAAGUGAAUCAGGUCACGCCGGCGUGCUCGCCCGUCGGCCCCGUGGACCACAGUGCGCCGCUCAUGCCGGGCCUGUCGACGCAAGCGCCCGAAUUCGUGCCGGGCUAUCCCCAGCAGCCUCAGGUCCCGUUCGACCCGCACGCGAGGAUGGCGGGGACCAUAGUUCAUCUCAGUCGUAGACUGUGUGGCGCGUUCACGUCUCGUCGACUGGAUGGUAGCACGGCGACGUACUAUAAUGGGUGGUACGGGUUCGUGCGGCCGGACGCGGCGACCUUAGAUGCGGAAGGGAUCUGUCGGGACGACUUGUUCUUGCAUCCGUCCGAUGCUGCUGAUGAUUAUAAUCCGGCGGUCGGGGACCGCGUGACAUUUAGAAGAGGCACGCACAACGGUCGGGCCAAGGCGGUGGAAGUGCGCUUGAUCAUGGAUCCAGCUAGAAGGAUGGUGCCGCACGAGCCCGCCGUCGCGCCGUGCUGGGCGGCGCCGGCUCGAGCCGUGUCGCGGACUACCGGCAGGCGCCCGCCAUUAGGGGCGAGAACCGUCAUGUUUCAUUGGGCCCGCGCGGGUCGCCCCGCACGGUCGCAACAUGCGUACGCGCCGCAGCCGCAGCGGGCGCACUUCCCGCCGCAUCAGCUGGAACUGCCCCAGGCGGCGCCGCCGGCGCACUGGUAG